AUGCAGUAUGCAGAAGAAGUGGCUGCUCUUAACAAGAAUUUAUCGAAAGAAAACAUGAAGGCCAACCUGGAACGAUUCACAUCAUUUCAUACUCGCUAUUACAAAUCUCAGACGGGAAUCCGAUCGGCAACGUGGCUGUUCGACCAAGUUCAGAGAGUUGUCUCUGAGUCUGGAGCCGCUGAGUAUGGUGCAACUGUUGAGCGAUUCUCUCAUCCAUGGGGUCAGUUCAGCAUUAUUGCCCGAAUACCCGGCCGAACGAACAAGACUGUGGUGCUGGGCGCCCAUCAGGACAGCAUCAAUUUGUUUCUCCCGUCAAUCUUGGCUGCUCCCGGUGCUGAUGACGAUGGAAGUGGAACUGUCACCAUUCUUGAAGCGUUGCGCGGUCUGCUGCAGUCAGACGCCAUUGCCAAGGGUAAUGCAUCCAAUACUGUCGAGUUCCACUGGUACUCUGCAGAAGAAGGCGGAAUGCUGGGCUCCCAGGCAAUAUUUUCCAAUUACAAGCGGAAUAGGCGGGAAAUCAAAGCCAUGCUCCAGCAAGACAUGACUGGCUACGUCCAGGGAGCUUUGAACGCCGGUGUUGAGGAAGCCAUAGGAAUUAUGGUCGAUUAUGUCGACCAGGGCCUCACACAGUUUCUCAAGGACGUUGUUACAGCGUACUGCUCUGUGGGUUACCUGGAGACGAAGUGCGGAUAUGCCUGCUCCGACCACACCUCGGCCAGUAAAUAUGGUUAUCCCGCGGCUAUGGCGACAGAAGCAGAGAUGGAAAAUACCAAUAAGAAGAUACAUACUACCGACGACAAGAUCAAGUAUUUGAGCUUCGAUCAUAUGUUGGAGCAUGCCAAGUUGAGUCUUGGCUUCGCUUUCGAAUUGGCAUUUGCGCCGUUUUAA